AUGGUCAGACGACAACAGGAAGAGCAACAGGUCUGUGUGGAUGACGAGGCACAAAUGGACCUGUUGGUUGCCCCAGUCACUUUUCGUCACCACCAUUAUGAUGACCUUGUGCGGACACUGUACAAGGUGCACAACCAGUGCCCCUACAUCACUCAGAUCUACAGCAUCGGUCGCAGUGUAAAGGGAAGACACCUCUAUGUGCUGGAAUUCAGUGACUACCCUGGAAUCCAUGAGCCCUUCCUGCAUGUGCGUUUUCUGCUUGCAGUGGAACCAGAAGUCAAGUAUGUUGGGAACAUGCAUGGUGACGAGGUGCUGGGCCGGGAGCUGCUGCUGCAGCUGUCCGAGUUCUUGUGUGAAGAAUUCCAGAACCAGAACCAGCGCAUCAUGCGGCUCAUCCAGGAAACGCGCAUUCACAUCCUGCCCUCCAUGAACCCGGAUGGCUACGAAGCGGCGGCCACACAGGGCCCAAACAUGCCUGAGUAUCUCGUUGGCAGAAAUAAUGCCAAUAAAGUAGACCUGAACCGUAACUUCCCUGAUCUCAAUAUCUAUUUCUACUACAAUGAGAAGCAUGGAGGACCCAACCAUCACUUGCCUCUUCCAGACAACUGGGAAAGUCAGGUGGAGCCCGAGACUAAGGCUGUGAUCCACUGGAUGCGCUCCUUCAACUUUGUUCUUUCAGCCAAUCUCCAUGGAGGGGCAGUGGUGGCCAAUUAUCCAUAUGAUAAGUCUCCUGGGCAUCGGUUCCGAAAUCCCUACCGCACUACCAAUUCCCCUACACCUGACGACAAGCUGUUCCGGAAGCUGGCCAAGGUCUACUCCUACGCACACGGGUGGAUGCACCAAGGUUGGAACUGUGGGGAUUACUUCCCAGAUGGCAUCACCAAUGGGGCUUCCUGGUAUUCUCUCAGCAAGGGAAUGCAAGACUUUAAUUAUCUCCAUACCAACUGCUUUGAGAUCACUCUGGAACUCAGUUGCAACAAGUUUCCCCGUCAAGAGGAAUUACAGCGGGAGUGGCUAGGUAAUCGGGAAGCCCUAAUCCAAUUCUUAGAACAGGUUCACCAGGGCAUCAAGGGAAUGGUGCUUGAUGAGAAUCAUCAUAAUCUCACAGGGGCUGUCAUUUCUGUCCAUGGGAUUAAUCAUGAUGUCACUGCAGGUGAACGAGGUGAUUACUUCCGGCUACUGCUCCCAGGUACCUACACUGUCACUGCCACAGCACCUGGGUUUGACCCACAGACAGAGAAUGUGAUCGUGCAUCCUGGGAGACCAACGCUGGUCAACUUCUACCUCAAGAGAAGCAUCGCUCCAGUAAACCCUCUGAGGAAGGCUCCAGGUGGAGGGCAGGGAGGCAGGAUGCAGGCGCAGCUUCGGAUAACCAAAAAGAAAGAUGGGGCCAGGAAGCAGCCACACAGAGGCCCUGGCUGAAGCCCACCGGGCCCUGGCCACGUUUAGGAAGUCUUUAUUUCUGCUCUCAAAUCCCAUGAGGCAUGCUCUCUAUUGUUUUUUAUCUGAGACAUAUUUAAAUAUAAACAUAUUGAGAACAGUUCAAAAUGGUCUUCAUGUGUUUCAGGAGUAAGCCUUCUCUAGGCCAAUGUCAAACAGCGUGGAGUGGAAAACUGGUGCAGUUGUACACAUACAGCCUGAGGGGUUCAGGUUUCUGUUCUGGGAGUUUGGUUUAGGCCUGUCCCCUGUGCAUCCAAGACUACUUCUGCUUGGUUGGCCACCCAAGAGGGGGUUGUUAUAAAGUGAAGCCACCCCAUAUGCCUGGCCCCUUCUGCACAUGGCCAAUUCCCUCUCCAGUUCUCCACAUCAUGACUCAGCCAAGGAGCCCUGGCCAGGACACCACAGCUGUGCUGUUUGGAUUCUUCAGCCAUCAGAAUCAUGAGCCAAAUAAACCUCCUUACUUUAUGAGUUA